CUUGGUUGAGGGAGCAUGCGAAAAGCCAAGAGUGCAGUUGACUGCCCCCCUGGAGGCCCCAGGUAGCCCAGAGUCACAUAGAAAGUAGCUAAGCAUCUCCUAAUGGGAAGAGCUGGCCCAGUGCAAGAUGACCGCUGUCCGUGUUCUCUCCACCCUCCCCGGUCCUGGCUGUGCAGAUGUUUGCUGAGGAGGAGGCCGAGUUGACCCAGGACUCAUCUCCAGAGAAGCUUCAGCAGUACCGCCAGGUCCACCUCCUGCCGGGCUUGCGGGAACAAGGCUGGUGUGAGAUCACCGCCCACCUCCUGGCACUUCCAGAGCAUGAUGCUCGGGAGAAGGUGCUGCAGACGCUGGGCGCCCUCCUGGCCACCUGCCGGGAUCGCUACCGUCAAGACCUCCAGCUCAGCCAGACACUGGGCAGUCUCCAAGCCGAGUACCAAGCGCUGGCCUCCCUGGAACUCCAGGAGGGCGAAGAUGAGGGCUACUUCCGGGAACUGCUGGCCUCCAUCAACAGCUUGCUGAAGGAGCUGAGCUGAGGCUGUCACGCCGACACCAGGAGUGGACUGGGCUGGUGCCAGUGAGAGCCUGGGCGGGCUCCGCAGGGGGCAUCAACCAGGAAGGAGGGCUCCUGCUGGGCACGAGCUCUAUCUGGGCAGAGCUGGCAUGGUUAUUAAACAGAGACAUGAA